GGGACGCUUCUUUCGCGGAGCCUUGUGGGUAGCCGGCCAGGGGUCUCCUGGCGACGACGAUGGCGGGGGAUGUGGGCGGUCGCAGCUGCACGGACUCGGAGCUGCUGCUGCACCCGGAGCUAUUAUCCCAGGAGUUCCUCCUCCUUACCUUGGAGCAGAAGAACAUAACUGUUGAAAAUGACAUAAGAGUAAACAAAGACAAUCUUACUGAUCUUUAUGUUCAGCAUGCCAUACCGUUGCCUCAGAGGGAAUUGCCAAAGAAUAGAUGGGGGAAAAUGAUGGAAAAGAAAAGAGAACAACAUGAGAUAAAAAAUGAGACAAAAAGGAGUAACACUGUAGAUGGGUUAAGGAAAAGGCCUCUCAUUGUAUUUGAUGGAAGCUCAACAAGUACAAGCAUAAAAGUAAGAAAGACAGAGAAUGGAGACAAUGAUCGACUCAAGCCUCCCCCUCAGGCAAGCUUUACCAGUAAUGCCUUUCGAAAAUUAUCAAAUUCCUCUUCAAGUGUUUCACCCCUAAUUUUGUCUUCCAAUUUGCCUACGAACGAUAAAUCGGAACACAAUAAUAAUGACACUAAACAGAACCAUGACUUAAUGCAUAGAAAAAGUCCUUCAGGCACUAUGAAGUCACCACCUUUGUCCCCUGUUGGAACUACUCCUGUCAAGUUAAAGCGAGCUGCUCCUAAAGAAGAAACAGAGGCUGCAAAUAACCUGAAGCCCCCAGAAACGAAGAGGAAGAUACAACAUGUUACAUGGCCGUGAAGGGAAGUUUCCAAAAAUGUGAAAAAGCCCAGGCUUGCCCAACUGGAAAUAUGUGGCCCAGGCAACAGCCAGCACUAACCACCAGACAUGUGACCACUAGUCACCAGUCUCCAGUCUAGCUGCAAGUUGACUGGCUGCAUCACUGUCCAGGUGAGAUCAGUCUCUGAUGAUUCCCGGAAUCAGGGGUAAGUAAAACGAAGAUUAAGCCAGUUAAGUGUUGAGGGUAAUUUGCUGCCCGGUGAGUAGGUGACAGAUACCAGACCAGACAAGAUGUGGAAGCCCUGAAUAGAUUUUUCGAAACAGAAAGACUGGUGUGGCCCAAGUCAGUGAAAACAGGGAAGGAUGGUAUUAACUGAAGUUGGAGAAGUCAGGUGGAAGCCACAUUAUGUAGACACUUACAUGACCAUCCAUGGUGAUCCAUGGUGAGUACUUUGAAUUUAAGUCUAAGAGCAAUUGGCAGCUGUUAACUGCUCAGAUUUAACUAAACUAUUCAGUUUCAUUUUUAAAAAGUAAGUCUAAUGAGCCUAAUAAGCAAAUAAAAAUCUUUUUUCCUCUUGUGAAGUUUUUUUUGUCUUUGUGGUAGUUUGAACUAAAAUAUUGAUAUUUGUUUGACUCAUAGUUAAACCUUUAAGAAACUGUAAAAUACUCUACUAGUCAUAGAAGACAAUAUUUUUUAAAAAUAUAAAAACACUACACCUAUAACUUCUAUUAUGUCCAUACUGCCUUGCUUUAUAAUUCUUUAACUUUUUUAGUAAUAAACUUCUUAGGAGUUUUUCUAUAUCUCAAACUCAGUUUUUAUAUUAACAUAGUAUGGAUUAUUUGUCAAAAGGAAUUAAAAUCAACUGAACUCUAUACUUUGUUCAAAUUUCCUUAGUUUUUACCUAGUAUCCAAUUUCUGUUCAGGAUCCUCCCCAUAAUACCACUUAGUCAUCAAGUACCCUUAGACUCCUCUUGGCUGUGACAAUUCCUCAGACUUUUGUUGCUUUUGUUGACCUUGACAGUUUUGAGGAAUACUGGUCAGGUAGUUUCUCAUGUCCCUCAACUGGGAUUUGUCUAAUGUUCUUCUAAUGAUUAAAUUGGGGCUAUGGGUAAGACACGGAGGUGAAGUGCUGUUUUCAUCACAUUAUUUUGAGGCUACAUACCAGAAACAUGAUGUUUUAAAGUUUAAGUAGUGUUCAUCAGGUUUCUCCACUAAGACUUUCCUGUUCUCCUUUUUCUUAUUGUGCUCUUUGAGAGGACAUCACUUAAGGAGUAGGGAGUUAAGCUGUACUUUGUUCAAGUAUCAAGUAUAUUUGAUUAUGUAUGGACUCAUGGAAACUAACUUUAUACAUUUGUUUAUUUAAUGCUUUUUUCCCCCCUCAAAUUAUUCAAGCAUUGGCCAUUAAAAGCUCUUUCAAGUUAGCUCCUGCUCCCUUUGCCUCAAUGUUUUCUUUUGAGCACAUCCUUACUUUUUGGCACUGUAGAGUGUAGUAGGUUCAUUUUGUUUACUUUUGGCCCAAGUCUUAGGAUCAGCCACUUCUCUAAGGAGACUUGGUUCAUCUUUGGUUAAAAACCAAGUUCUGGGCACUAGAUGUUCUCAUUGCUAUUGGGGUACCAUUGCUUCUAGGCUUUCUCAACUGACAGCAACAGUUGGCCCUGUUACUUUGGGGCUUGUGGCAGAGCAGCACAUGUUGGCAAGAGUAUGUGGUGAAACUGCUUACCUCAUGGAGGAAGCAAAGAGACUAGUGUUCCACAGUCCCCUUUGAAGGCAUGCCUCCAAUGACCUAGAAUCUCCUAUUAGGCAUCUCUUUAAGGUUCCACCAUCUCUUAGUAGCACCUUGCUGGGGGUCAAAACCUUUAACACAUGGGCUUUGGGGAACAGUCCAGAUCCAAACUCUAGCCCUGUCUGGCUGUAGUAAGUCAAAUAUAAGUUCAUAUUGAUGUCUAGGUCUCCCACUCCAACAGUGAGGAAGAUGACUCUCACCAACCACCAUCCAUUGACUUAACUGUUCAAUUCCAGUAUACAUUUUAGCAGCUAAAGAGUUGCUAGCCUAAAAUAGUUGAGAAAAUUUUAUCAGUUAGAUCAUAAUUAUAUAUAAUUCCUUUUGCUUCCAGUCUCAGAUAUAUCUCUCAUUUCCAGGGUUAAAAAGUUAUAUUGUUUAAAAGAGAGUUUUGCAGUUUUAACAUUUUAAUUAAAAAGACAAAUCUAAAUUAACUUUUCUCCAGUUUCUUAAAAUUCCUGGACAAACAUCCAUUCAACAAUAAUGCCUUCUCUGUUCAGGCUCUAGAUAAAGUGUUUCAGUAAAUAAGACAGGGUCCCUGUUCUCAAGGACCAUGUUUUUAUCAGUUCCAAUUGAUUUCAGUCCAAACAAUCGUUUGAGAAGAAAUCUAAAGAACAUUUAAUAAUUAAAAUCUCAGCAGUCUCUGCAAUAUGAAAUAGUGUUUUAGUUAUAUUUUUAAAUAUAUUUUAUAUGUGUUCUUUAAUUCCUUAAAGCCUGGAGAAACCAACCAAAAACAAAACUAAUGGAUUUUUCUUUUAGAAGAUUCCUGAAACCUGGGAGAUAAUUUUAUUCAUAUGUGUCUAGUUGUUUAAAUGCUUUUAUAGACUAUGGCCUAUAGAUGUCAGGAAUGAAGUCACUUUGGUUUUUUUUUUUUUUUUUGUAAAUUCCAUUAUUAUCUAGUAUUUUUUUAAACUAAAAGUUUGGUUUCAUAGUUUAUGCACAUUUGGGAAUGUAUAUUAUCUGGACAUUUCCUUCUCAGUGUUUAAGAAGACUGCAUGUGUAUUCGGAGAUAGAAUUUGCAUCAUAAUGAUCUUUGUAGAAAAUAAUUCAUAUUUUAGAGCACAAUGACUAGGAAUCAAACCUGGUUUCUAACAUGUUGGCGUCUCUGCAGUUGAGUAAGCUUUAUUCUUUUGGGGCUUCAUUUCCUCCUUUGUCAAGCAGUUGGGUUUCACUCUGUUUCUUAUUUCUUUCUUAUAGGAUUUACCUUAUGCUUAUCCCUAAGACCCUUAAGUUUGUCAUUUAAUAGCCAAGCAAACAAUGAAAAGUGUCCUCAGGUCUGAAUGAGCGUCACUAGAGAUAAUGGAGGAUUACACAUUUUGCAUAUUUUAAAUUUGUAAAGCAAUGUGAUUAAUUGAUAUAUCAGUUAAUACCAUUUUUAAAUAUUUUUUUUAGUUGUAAUUGGACACAAUAUCUUUAUUUUAUUUAUUGAUUGAUUUUUAUGUGGUGCUCAGGAUUGAACCCAUCGCCUUGCACGUGCUAGAUGAGCACUCCACUGCUGAGCCACAACCCCAACCCAGUUAAUGCCAUUUUUAUUCUGCUUUGGUAUAGUUAAUUUUAAAAAAAAAAAUUUUUUUUUUUUUCCCAAGGGAGUUAGGGAAUUUUUCUGGGCCUGACUAUUCCUCAAGGGCAGCCCUGUGCUGACAUUUUGAAUUGGGUCUAGCUAUGGCAAGUCAAUGAUGUGUUUAGCAUAUAGCCUGGGCUCCGUCUGUGUGAUGACAGGGAUUUUGGUGCUAUCUCUAAGAUUAUGCUCUACUAAUAACAUUGAGUUCUUUUGCAGAGGUGAAGCUUUCACUAUGGGACAGUGUUGAGAGAUUAGUAACUAGUGUAGUUCCAGGGCCCAUGACACCACAACAGACACAUGUACUGAGCUGCUUUCCAUGGUCACAGUCCAUGUGGAGUGAUGGUUAAAGUGUUUCUUCAGCUUUUCAGUGACUGGAUUUUCACAGUUUUGGUUGAAGUUAGACUAGCUCUUAAGAACUUUACAGUAUCUAACUUUAAGUAUAUAACUUAUUGUAUAAUAUCGUUUAGAUUUAAAUUAUAGUUUAAGAAGCUGAGAUUGAGAAAAAUCAAUGUAAAUCUUAAAAUUGUAUAAUGUGUAACAGGAAGUAACUAGUACAAUGUUUAUAGUUAAGUUUUUCAUAUGUUAAACAGAGUAAAAGCCUUGCUCUGACUUCUUAAAUGUAAGGAACAAUUAUACUAGAAAAAAAAUAUGUAUAUAUUUAAAUCUUAAAAGCACCAAAGAUCUUAUAGGCAAAACCUAAGAGAAAGCCAGAACACAGAGUAGGCCAUUUUCUUUUGAUUCUUUGUCCAAACUAUAAGGGAGAGAGAAAUGAAAGUUCAGCCCUCCAAGACAGAACCUGCUAGGUAUGACUUCAAAGGACAGUACCACAUAGGAUGAGUGAAUUAGAACAAAACCUAUGAGGGAGGGAUGAAAAGAAAGUGGAAGAAGAAAAAACAGGAAAGUAGCAAGAGAAUAAAAAAGGAAAGCAGAAAGAUGAGGUGGGAUGAAAGCAGGCUAUCAUAGAAUCUGAGCCAAAAAUUUCCAUCACUAAGAAUGGUAAAAGUGUCUCAGGAAGUGUCUUGGGAGUAGUUCCAGUCCCCUCAUCAGUCUAAGAUGCUAGCACAGGCAAUAAAAAAUCACCACUGCAGGAAGACAUCCUCAUUCUAAGUCUCAGUAGACACCCAUGGAGAAUCUUAAGAAGGCAGAGAUUAGCUGGCUAUGAUGGCAUACACCUGUAAUCAGCUACACAGGAGGCCGAGGCAGGAGGAUUGCAAGUUUGAGGCCAGCCUGGGCAACUUAGCAAGACUGUCUCAAAAUAAAAUUUAACAGGGGUGGUGAUGUAGUUUAGUGGUGGAGCACUUAUAUAAGGCCCUGGGUUCCAUUCUUAGUCCCAUGGGAUGGGGGAGGUGAGGUGAGGGGGAAGGCGAUGAUUAACACAAUUCAAAAUUAAGCAUGCAAGGAGGCAAUGUACCCAGUGUGACCUGCUGCAGAAACAUGCAGUAGAGACAUACUCAUGAAGUUUUCAUAUAUGGGAGAGUAAUCAAGAGAAGAUCAAGGAAGAUCAAACAUGUUUGCUCGCUGUGUAUAGAAAAAAAAAGGUAAGCUUUAAAAUGACUGCCCAUUACAGGAAACUAUAAAAAAGCACAACAUACAUAUUUUGAUAUAUUUUUAUUGGGGUAUAAGUUAAAAAAUUAUACAGCUUGGUGAAAAUAUAUAUCUUUGAUGUAUUCACACACCCCCAGUACAUAAAUGAAAAGGCAUGGCUGUAUGGCAAUACAAUUUUUUUUUUUUUAAAGAAAACAGGUAGUGGGCAGGAUUUAGUUCAUAGAGACCUCUGAAAGGGUCCAAAGGAUUGUGCAUAAACUGUGCUGCACCUAAGAAGCAACCAGAGUGGGAUGCAGAGUGGACUUGAAAGCACCUUUGAUUCUCACAUGGAUCCAUCAGCAAAGGCAGAAGUCUUACUGACUCAAAGUGCUUAAUAAGUAGAACCUCUCACCAAACACUGGCCAAACAUAUUAACAUAUGUAUUAAAAGAACUAAUCUUUUAGUUCUAUGUUUAAAGAAUUGGAGGUGUGAUAAUUACCAAACAAAAUAACAAAGUACAAAAAAGAAUCAAAUAGGAUUCUGGAAUUGAAAAGUACACCAGUUGAAAUGAAAAAUGCACUAGUUGUGCUCAAGAGUAGAUAUGAAUUGGUAGAAGGAAAAAAAAUAUGUGAAGUUAGACAACAGAUGAUGAAAUCUAACAGAGAAGAAAGAACAAAGACUAGUGAACAGAGCCUCAGAGAAAUGUGAUACAACAUUAAACAUACCAACAUAGGCAUAAUGGAACUGCCAGGAGAGAAAAAUGGACAAGAAAAAAUAUUUUUAAGAAUUUCAUGGCUGAAAACAUUCUCAAAUUUGAUGAAAAAUAUUAAACAAACUCAAAGGAGCAUUAAGUGCAGAGACACUGGGUCACAAUUACUUCUAAAAUGCUGAAAUAAAGAGCAAAUUCUGAUAGGCUGUGAAGCAAUACAGUUCUUAAAGUUUUUUUUUUUUUAAUAGAACAUACGCCAAAAAAAGUGCACAAAACGGGCAAAACUCAACUAUGGUGACAGAAGUGAGACUAGUAGUUACCUUUUUGGAAGGAACACAAAGGAACCUUCUGAAAUGUUAGAAAUGUUCUGUUAUAGGUUGGCAACCCAUAAUUAAAGUUUAGGAUGGUCUUUCAUUUUGCCACAUUUCCCACAGCUAUCAAAGAGUUAUUAACCCCCACUUAAUUGGGCCAGCAAAUCUGUAUUGCUUUUGACAAUCCCCUUAGGCAGAUUUCUCAGAGCUUGGUACCAAAUAUCAGUCUCCUCAGGCAGAGCUGCUGAGCUAAGCUGGGUGUGGUGGUGCACACCUAUAAUCCUAGGCUCAGGAGGCUGAGACCAAGGAUUGCAAGUUUGAAACCAGCCUCAGCAGAGCCUACCUCUUUACCACACCCCAAUUCCACCCCAUUCCCUUCCACCCUGGGCUUUGCAGUAAUGUCCCUUCUCAGUGAGAGGAUUGAUAGCUUUGGUCUUUCAGAUUGCCCCUUCCAAUAUGGAACCUCUAUUAUGAGCAGAGUGGACCAGGGCGUUUCAAACCCCAGGAUUCUCAGCCUGUCUCUCCUGGGGCAGAGGGAGCCAUUACCUUCUUGGCUGCACUCACACAGAGCUGGUCACAUGAGUCUGGGGAGUGGGAAUGGGUUAGGGCCAGGUGUGGCCCCAAUGCUAUGGACUGUCACUGCUUGCUAAGAGUAGAAGAUUUCCCUGAAUUCAUGUUUCUCUAUCAGUUGUAUGCCUUUAGGGAAAUUUUCAGAGAAGUGAUGGGUUUUUAUGUCUAUCAUUUCACAGCAGGAAGAGGGUCACCUGAGCUCUGCACAUCACCAUUCCUAAAGUCCCACCCAAUAAGUAUGUUCGCUUGUCAGGGCUGUUUGGAGUCUGGCCUAUAGCCAGAAAUUUGUAGGAGGUUCAGAGAACUUGGGGCUCUUUCUUUUCCAGGACUUUUCUUUCAUACUCCAGGAGCUCUUUAUCCCAAACUCUGGCCUCUGAUUCCUCAAGCCUGUGAGGCUAAAGACUUGCUAACAGAGUUUUAGCUGUUUCACUGGGACCUGCUAUAGCCAUAAAAACAGGACCAUUCUUUUAUUCUAAGAUUCCGCCUCCCUUCAAUGUCUGCCUGCUUUGGAUCAAACUCCAGUGUUCCAAAAUAUUUUAAAAUAUUUUUGUUCAAAAUGAUUAUUUGAUGAUUAGUCCGGUUGAAAGUUUUUACUCAAAAUGGAACUCCCUUAAUUUUGGAUCAGGUAAGAUGGUGAGGAGUGGAUAAGAUGCUCUGUAAUGAAAUCUGGAGUGCUUUUACUUUUAUAUUAUGAGGUAGAAAAUGACAUUACAAUUGAUGAGGGAUGGAGUUAUCUAUGUUUGGG